GGUGAAUUAAAGCCGUUGCAUUCAAUGAAUCGUCUACGUGUGCCGUUUAUACGAAAUGGUAUUUGUCCUCCUUCAACAGUAGAGUCAACCACUGAAUCGAUCCACUUACCUUUAAUGGGUAAAAAGAUAUUAGAUGUUGGUUGUGGAGGCGGUAUUCUUACAGAGGCACUUUCCAUCUUAGGUGCUCAAGUGUUAGGCAUAGAUCAAGUAGAAGAGAGUAUAAAUGCAGCAAAUGAACAUGUUGAAGCAACUUCACAUCGUUGGAUAACUCAUCCAAGCCUACAUAAACCAGUUUACCGGUUAACCAGUCUACAAACUGUUGCUGAAGAAUCACCUAAUCAUUUUGAUGCAGUUGUUGCAUCGGAAGUUUUAGAACACGUGACUGAUUGGGAAGGCAUGGUGAAAUGUAUAGCGAAUUGUUUAAAGUUAGACGGAAUGAUGUUUAUAACAACAAUUAAUCAUACUACAGCAUCACUGCUAUUAGGCAUUGUAGUAGCUGAGUAUAUUGCUGGCCUUGUUCCACGUGGUACUCAUGAAUGGAAUAAAUUCAUUGAACCAAGUCGACUACAGUAUGCUUGUAUUAAAUAUGGUUUACAACCGCGUCAAGUUGCUGGUAUGCUGUACAAUCCCUUAACUUGUCGAUGGUCAUGGACUUCAAAUCUAUCGGUGAAUUAUGCCUUGAGUGCAAUGAAAGUGGAGAAUUACACAAAACGCGAUCAUCAAAUUAAAGAAUCUACUUAGAAAUAUUUUACCCAUAUAAAAAUUUUUUGAAAUAGGCAUGUUUGUUUAAAUUGUGUUGUUUUCCCGGAUAGUAUGGAUGACGCGCUUUCAACGUGGAUCAAUUUUUUUGUUUGUUUACUAAACGACUUUUACUAUACAAUCUUUCAUAUUCAUAAGAAGGUUACUCAUAAUUUCCAUUUUUCCACACACAACUUCACUUUCUUUGUUGUAUAUAUAUUUUUUAUUACUAGUCAUUUUACUGCACCUCUUGGAUAGUCCUAAUUCGAAUGUAAAGGCUGUUUGUAGUCAGCUUGACUAAUGAUCCUAGUUUUGUCAUAUUUUUAACAGUUGUUGACCCCUUGAUGUUGUAGUGUGAAACAAUCGAUUUCCACUUUCUCAUAUAUGUAUUUUUGUGUAGCUUUUUGUUAUCAACCAAUAAAAAAGUGUAAAGGUGG